AUGAAAGGUUUUACAUCUGAAGAACAACAGAAUUAUGCCCAACACCAAAUGGACGUCUCCAACAAGGGACACAAGGGAUUGGGAUUCUCCUCUGCAAAGAAAUCAUCCUCCACACAACAGCCAGCUGGUAAACAUACUAUUCUUGGUGGAAAGGUCUCUUCAACCACUUUCCGUAUCUCACCAAGCAAGAAGCAAAAACAAGAAAAGUUGAAAAAGUUGUACCCAGCCAUUUAUGACUUUUUAGUUUAUUGUGAAUUGGAUAAUGUUGCUAAAGUUUUUGCUGAAACCACUGAAAUGGAAAAUUUUGAAGAAUUAAACAUGCCAAAGGUUAUGGAAGUUUAUGAAGAACAUUUUGCCAAGUAUGGAAUUGAUCUUUAUGGCGACUUUUUGAACUUGGGAGCUGCUUUAAAGCUUGCUAAAUCAACUAAUACAAUGACUGACGAUGAAUCAUCAACAAAGAAGGCACCAACUUCUACUACAUCUGCUUCCACAAGUCAAUCCACAGAAUCUUCUCCAAAGAAGAAAUUUAGAAAGACCAAAUCUGAUUCAUCAUCUUCAUCGUCAUCAUCAGAUUCUGAUUCCGAUGCUGAAAUGAAAGAAACACCAAAGGAAACACAAAAGUCCAAGAAGGAAUCCAGCUCAUCAGAUUCUUCAUCUGAUGAAGAAAUGAAAGAUACCAAGCCUACUCAAACUAAGCCAGCUAUCUCAAAGAAGGAUUCUUCCUCAUCUAGCUCUUCAUCAUCAAGUGAAGAUGAGAUGAAGCCAACACAAACCAAGCCAGCUGUGACAAAGAAGGAUUCAUCAUCCGAUUCAAGUUCUGACAGCUCAUCAGAAGAUGAAAAGAAACCAGUUAGUAAGCCAGCUGUACAAGUCAAGCCUAUUGUCACAAAGAAGGAUUCAUCAGAUUCAAGCUCUGACUCUUCAUCAUCAGAAGAUGAAAAGAAACCAACUCCAAAACCAGCUGUUGAAACUAAGCCUAUUGUCACAAAGAAGGAUUCUUCAAGCUCUGAUAGUUCUGACUCUUCAUCAUCAGAAGACGAAAAGAAGAAGCCAGCUAUCAAACCAACCGUCACAAAGAAGGAUUCAUCAUCUGAUUCAAGCUCUGAUUCAUCUGAUGAAGAAAUGAAGGAUGCCAAGCCUACUCAAACUAAGCCAGCUAUCUCAAAGAAGGAUUCUUCAAGCUCAGACAGUUCCGACUCUUCAGAAGAUGAAAAGAAACCAGUUAGUAAGCCAGCUGUUCAAUCAAAGCCAGUAACUAAGAAGGAUUCUUCAUCUGAUUCCAGCUCUGACUCUUCAGAUGAUGAAAAGAAACCAACUCCAAAACCAACUGAAACUAAACAAGUCAUAACAAAGAAGGAUUCAUCUGAUUCAUCUGAUUCCAGCUCUGACUCUUCAGAAGAUGAAAAGAAACCAGUUAGUAAGCCUAUUCAACCAAAGCCAGUAACUAAGAAGGAUUCCUCAUCUGAUUCUGAUUCAUCAUCCUCUUCAGAAGAUGAAAAGAAACCAACUCCAAAACCAACUGAAACUAAACCAGUCAUAACAAAGAAGGAUUCCUCAUCUGAUUCUGAUUCCAGCUCUGACUCUUCAGAUGACGAAAAGAAGCCAGCUACCAAACCAAUUAUCCAAUCUAAACCAACCAAGAAAGAUUCUUCAUCCGAUUCUGAUUCAUCAUCCUCUUCAGAAGAUGAAAAGAAACCAGUUAGUAAGCCAGCUGUUCAAACCAAACCUAUUGCUGCAAAGAAGGAUUCAUCAGAUUCAAGCUCUGACUCUUCAUCAGAAGAUGAAAAGAAACCAACUCCAAAACCAACUGAAACUAAACCAGUCAUAACAAAGAAGGAUUCCUCAUCUGAUUCUGAUUCCAGCUCUGACUCUUCAGAUGACGAAAAGAAGCCAGUUAGUAAGCCAGCUGUUCAACCAAAGCCAGUAACUAAGAAGGAUUCUUCAUCUGAUUCUGAUUCAUCAUCCUCUUCAGAAGACGAAAAGAAACCAGCUGUUAAGGCAGUAGAAAAGAAACAAGCUAGCUCUUCAUCAGAUUCUAGCUCAUCUGAUGAAGAAAUGAAAGAAUCUUCUGAUGCUUUGAAGAGAAAGAGAGAAGAUACUGAGGAACAAGUUGAAGAACAAACUGAUGCCAAGAAGAACAAGUUUGAAAAUGAAAACAAUAGAGGUGUCCCAUAUCAAAGAGUAAAGAGAGACGAAGUCAAAUUCCAAGAUGAAAGAUUAUCAGUAAGAUCAUACAGUUUUGGUUCUCAUGGCGAAAGAGCUGUCAGAGAUUUGGGCCCAACUAAAGGAAAGGACUUUAGAGCAGCUAAAACAAAGAAAAAGAAGAGUACGUAUAGAGGAGGUGCUUUGGAUGUCAAUGUUGUUAGAAGCAUCAAGUUUAAUAAUAACAAGUAA